AAUUUGUCCAAAUACCUUGUUUAUAAAGGAAUAUCCGAUUCAUACAACGAGCUCAAAAGGAGCGGGGGAACGAAGCCAUGGCAGCAACAUACCCGCAAUCAACGAACUCAGCACGAGGAACAAGACGGCUAGCAGCAGCUAAACGUUCCGGACAAAACUUCCCCAGCGCCUCCACAUGAGAUAUUUACAGAAGAUCAAACUUCUUAGCAAUCAACAGAGCAGAAGAAGUAGAAGAAGAAGCAAUCAAGCUACUGCUUCUCACAAGAUCCCCGGUGCUCCCCCGCCGCCUCCGUCGCCGCCUUGGCUCGCCUCCCAGCUUCGAUCGAAGUCUUCCCAAUCUCACGGCGGAGAAGAAGGAUUCAGGGACCCCCGCGGCCGGGCUCAUUGGGUUCCCGAGACAACAUUAAGCACUUCCAAGUUCAAUCAGUCAGGGAUGGUGUCGACGACGGCGGUGGUUUUGUUGAUUGGUCUUAUGGGAAUGGUUUAUCAGGCCACUCAGCUUACUCCGCCGCCGCAGAGUGAUCCUAAUGCAGAAGAGCACGCCGACGGUUCGAUGAGAAUCAGGCUUAGCGAUGGGAGGUACCUGGCUUAUAGGGAGAAAGGGGUUCCAAGAAACAAAGCCAAAUACAAGAUUAUUCUUGUUCAUGGCUUUGGAAGCUCUAAAGAGAUGAACUUUCUGGCACCUGAAGAUGUUGUUGUAUCAGCAGAUUUCCAGGAGUUGAUAGAGGAGUUGGGGAUCUGUUUCUUGCAAUUUGAUCGAGCCGGAUAUGGAGAGAGUGACCCUAACCCGAAGAGAUCAGUAAAGAGUGAGGCUUUGGACAUCGAAGAACUUGCAGACCAGCUUGAGCUCGGAUCCAAGUUUUAUGUAAUUGGGGUAUCGAUGGGAUCAUAUCCAAUUUGGAGCUGCCUCAAAUACAUACCUAACAGGCAAGUUAACCUGCUAGCAGGUGCAGCACUAAUUGUCCCAGUUGUCAAUUACAACUGGCGUUCCCUUCCUCAAAGUCUCAUUAGAGACGAUUACCGUAGGAGGCUUGUACAGUUGACAUACUUGUUUUCAAGCUACGCUCCUGGAUUACUGCACUGGUGGGUUUCUCAGCAAUGGCUUCCUUCGAAUUCUGUACUAGAGAGGAACCCGGUAUUCUUCAACCCUCAUGACAUUGAGAUCUUGAAGAAGAUACCAGGGUUCCCAAUGCUGAGCAAGGCUAAACUGGUAGAAAGAGAAGUUUUCGACACUCUGCGCCAUGAUUUCCUAGUGGGUUUUGGAGACUGGGAAUUCGAUCCAACUGACCUAGAGAACCCAUUUCCUUCAAACACAAGCAAUGUUCAUAUCUGGCAAGGUCUUGGAGACAGGGUUGUCCCGUUUCAACUUCAGAGAUUCAUUUCGGGGAAGUUACCAUGGAUUCGAUACCACGAGGUUCCUGAAGGUGGGCAUCUAAUUGUGCACUACAGCGGGCUUGGAGAGGCUGUAUUGAAGUCACUUUUACUUGGGGAAGAACCUCUUACUCUAAACCAUGUACAACCAUAGCCAAACCAAUGAUGCAUUGGUCCAGAUAGAACCAUGGACAGGCUCAGGUGGACAUGAAGGAAUGAUCCGUCAGAAGCAUGUCCCCUAUUCAUUCAACAUUAUAAGUUCUGCAGACAAUCUCCUACUGGCAGUGAGAAGACAUCAUCAAACAGGGCAAGCAAGAAACACAGAAGCAUCUCUCCCUCUCUCACCAUAUCUACUUAGAAGCUCCAUUGCUUGAAGACUUGACUAUAGGUGAAAGAUGACCAUUCUAUCUGAACCAGAUACAAUCACCAUGGCCAUGGGAAGUAUUGGUCUCCCAGAAGCAUCUGCUCAACUAGAAGAUGGCAAGGUCGACGACAAUUCUCUAUGGUCCCUCACGCUAAACGAAAUUGAGCUCAAAAGCGGGAAAACCUUUGGGUCCAUGAACAUGGACGAGUUCCUCUCCAACUUAUGGAACACCAAUGCAGAAGACACAACUCAAGUUCUGCAGCAACAACCAAACCCUGAUAACAAUCAUCAUAACACCCCAACGAACAAUCCAUUCGACGAUAAAUCGAGCCAGCAGCAAACACAUCAGCAGCAACAACAACAACAACAGAGUUCCUUAAUCUCCAUUCCUUCCCCACUCUGCAAGAAAACUGUGGACGAAGUGUGGUCAGAUAUCCAGAGAGAGCAGCACCACCACCACCAUUUCUCCAGUCACUUGAAACCAGCAGACAGCACCAAUGUGAUCCCCCAUGGGAGGCAACAGUCUUUAGGAAACAUGACAUUGGAGGAAUUCUUGGUACAGGCAGGUGUGGUUCAAGAAGCUGCUGCAAAAUUGCCACCACCAAGAAGUAGUACUAAUUCUGCUUCACCGUCAUCAUCAUCAUCUACAGUAGUGCUGCAUCAGCUGAAACUGGAGACACCAUCUUCAUUAGGGUCUUCUUUUCAUGGUCUGAAUGGGAACUUCUCGAGCGUGACCGGAUGCUUUGGUUCGUACCACAUGAUGAUGAACCCUAGCAAGGGUUAUGUGGGGGAAGCAUCGUCGAGUGAUCAGUUCAGCAGAAUCAUCGACGGGCCGCCUGAGGUUUUGGUGGAGAGAAGGCAGCGUAGGAUGAUCAAGAACAGAGAAUCUGCAGCAAGGUCGAGGGCUAGGAAACAGGCAUAUACAAUGGAGCUUGAGCUGGAGCUGAAUUAUCUCAAGGAAGACAACAGCAGGCUGAAGCAGAUUGUGCAGGAGAUCGAGGAGAAAGCCAGAGAGAAGAUUACGAGGAUGAAGAAAGAGGGAACGCGGCAGAACAAGAAGACAGAUAAGCUAAGGAGCAUAAGGAGGACAACAAGCAUGAGUUGGUGAAUGCUGAAAUGAAGACUAUAAUUAUGCAUUAUUUAUAUAAUCUUAGUUAUACUACUACUUGAAUAAAUGUCAUGGAUAGGCAAAACUUGUUAUGUAGUAACAUCCAAUGUGUGAGUGAGGUUAGUAGUUUUGUCUAGAUGACCUACCUUGCUUGCAAAGUAUGUGAUGUAUGCAAUAAGCUUAUAUAAGUCAUGAGAUUGAAAGGUGCUUAAUGGGGAUACAAGAUUGUUGUUGGU